CUGUAGGUUCAAGGGUCGAGAAUCCGAGCGGAAGUAGAAAGAAGUGAGCGAUGUGAAUAAAGCGAAAUUGAGCGGUACGAACAAAGAGACGGAGCUGGGUCACUGGCCAUCUGCAGCGCGGGCAGCGUUGCGCUUCCUUCCCUUUGCUCCAAUUGGACAGCCGUUGCCAGGGAAGCAAACCCCGUGACACCGGCAGCGACGCAGCGAGAAGCGGAAGCGGAAGCGGACGCGGACGGUUGUGCGAAUGGACUAGAGCUGCCCUAUUGUUUUUCUUCUGAGUUCUGUGAAGAUUGGCAAAGAUGGCAAGUAAUCCCUCGAUGGCUGUGCUCAGUAAAGUAAUUGAACAGCAAAUGCUGCAAACAACAGAAAUUGUUGAACAACAUUUAGAUACCGAGAUUGAAAAAUAUGAAACGAUGGAUGGAGAUGAACUGGAGAAUCUCCGAGCAAGAAGACUUGAAUCACUGAAGAAAGCACAACAUCAGAAACAGGAAUGGCUAUCAAAGGGCCAUGGUGAAUACAGGGAGAUUCCCAGUGAAAAAGAUUUUUUUCAAGAGGUUAAGGAGAGUAAAAAUGUGGUUUGCCACUUUUAUAGGGAUACGACAUUUAGAUGCAAGAUAGUAGACAAGCAUUUGACUAUUCUGGCUAAAAAACAUAUUGAAACCAAGUUCAUCAAAUUAAAUGCAGAAAAAGCUCCUUUCCUUUCUGAGAAAUUACGAAUCAAAAUAAUUCCAACAAUGGUCUUAGUGAAAGAUGGGAAAGCAAAAGAUUACAUUGUUGGGUUUGAUGACCUUGGUUGCACAGAUAAUUUCACUACAGAAACUUUGGAAUGGAGAUUGGGAUGUGCUGCCAUCAUUAACUACAGCGGAAAUUUGAUGGACCCACCUUUCCAGAUGCAAAAAAAAUGUGGAAACAUCACAAAGAUGGAGAAAAGGACAAUUAGAGGAAAGAACAAUGAUUCUGAUUCAGAUGAUGAUUAGAUUGUUAAGCAUAUUUCUUAAUCCACACAACCUUUUAUUCUUAUGUAUUGUUAAAUUUUAAUUUCAGUAAUUAAUUUUCAUAGCCUAAUAAAAAAUUAUUGCAAUGCAAAUUAGUGACUUGGAGAAUGUUACCUGUUAGACAGAGGAUUAGAAUAUUAGCUCCAUGAAUGAAACUUUAAAUCUGUUUUGCUCCAGUAGCAUUCUUUUAAGGAUGGUUUAUUCAGAACAUUUGUAGACAUUGAAGGGAAUCAGCAAACUGUACGGAAGGGAAUAUACAGGGUUGCUGGGAGUAUUGAUGUUGCUUCUCAAGCUCUUCUGACUUUAGUAAUUGGCCUUUUGGCCUCCAUAUCAUCCUGUAGACUCCCAAAUCCUUGGUACAUUCUCAGAUGUGUUCCUGCCACUUUGUGUAAUUGUGGAUUAGGGAUUACUGCCUAUCAUCAAGAAGGUUUUGAGGUAGCGAUGUUUGCAUAAUGUUCAGCAACAUUUGCAACUCAAGUAGUGAAACAGUCUGUUUUGAAUGUAACAAGACCUCAACACCCAGGCCUGAGCUAAUGCAUUGCAAGUAACUUUUGCAACACACAAGUGCCAGGCAUGACUAUAUCCAACAAGAGAAAAUCCAGUUAUCACCCCCUGACAUUCAGUGGAAUUACUAUCACUGACUUGUCUGCUUAAUUAGGUUACUAUUAACUAGAAACUCAAGUGGAGUAACUGCAUACACUAUGUGGCUACAAGAGCAGGUCAGAAGCUAAGAAGUCUGUGACAAUUAACUCUCCACCUCAUUCUCCAAAACGUGUCCACCGUCAAUGAGGCUCAAGUUAGGAGUGUGAUGAAAUAAUCUCUCCUGGCCCAAAGAGGCUCAAGAUCACACUGAACAUUGUAGCCUACUUCAGAGGCACCCCAUCCACACUCAUUUGCUAACUCCACCAGCAACAUGUAGUGGUAGCAGUAUGUAUCUUCUACAGGUUGUACUGUAGAAAUUCAGCAAGACUCCUUAGAUAGCAUCAAAAUCCACAACCUCUACCUGCUAGAAGGACAAGGGCAACAAGUACAUGGGAGCAGCACCACCUCCAAGUUGCCUUCCAAGUCACACCAUCCUUCAUCACUGCGGGGUGAAAAUCCUGAAACUCUCUCCAAAAGCACACCUUAGGAACUGCAACAGUUCAAGAAGGUAGUGUACCAUCACCUUCAAGGGCAACUAGGAAUGGGCAAUUAAAUGCUGGCUCAGCUUGUGAAGCCCCCGUCCUCUGAAUAUUUUUUAAAAAGUAAUUUCUGAGUAUGCUUGAAUCGUAUGCUGCAUGCUGGAGUUCUUGGUUCAGGCAUGCAAAAAAUGCAGUCGAUCAAAGUUGGUCAUGCCUGAGCAUUGCUGUGGUGUUUGCCUGAGAAAGGAUGCAGCUGUAGCUUUGAAGAAUUUUAUGAAGGCAAUAUUGGUGUUACCUUAAUGCCUUUGAGAUACCUUCUACAAGUUAUGGAUCACUGGUGCACUGUAGAUUGCAAGAUUGAUGCUGGUUUUGGUGCAUCACUGAUGCCUGUCAUGCAUAUGAGUUGACUCCUGAGAUAUGUAGCAUAUUCCACAUUCAAGUUUCUCUCCAUGGAUCGUGCCCGUCAGGGGCAGCACAGUGUCCUGCAGCAGAGGCAGAUAGUGAACAUUUGGUCAGCACCAAAUCCAUUAUGAUCAUUAAUCACUAACUUUGAACCCCUCUCCAACCACAAGGCUUCAGUUUUAUUGUGCUUAAGCACAAGAUGAGCUUCUGACAACUGGUACACACGAUCAGCGAUCUCCAGUUCUGUCUUACGCUCACUUUAAGUACUGCUUAAAGAUGCUACUUACUGUUAAACAUAGAUGUAGCUGGUUUUCUGCACUAGUAAACCAGACCACUUAAUUCUACCUCUUUGACCUAUCCACAAAUCUUAUUCACAAACAUGUUGGGUUAAGCAACAUACAAUACUAAUCUUUCAAAUCUCUAAUCCUUUAAUACAACAGGUAAGCACACUCAAAUUUUGGUUUCAUCAUUUCUGCCCCUAUAAAGGCCUUGAGUUAUCAAAUUCCCUUCUGAAGUCUCUACCUAACUACUAUGGGAGACUGUGCAUGAUCUUGAAACACUAGUAGUAGUUUAAUACAGUAAGCUUAAUCAUUUUGGUACCAAGCAAUUAUAUUGGCCAUGUUAGUAGCAUGUAUCCUUCUCCAAGGAAGAUUAAUGAAACAAAUUAAGUUUAUUUUAGCAAUACUGUCAGAUUUGAAUGUUCCUUAUUUCCAAAAAUUUUCUGAACUCAACCCCCAAACAAGUCAAAAUCUGCAUUGAGUGUUUACCCUAUUUCAUGUUAUACUGUACAUUGUUUUUGCUGCAGUUUUACAUAAUAAUCACUUCUGCUUGUAUUUGAGUGACAGCUUCAGACAGGCAUUUGUAUCUCUGGGCAUGUGAGAAAGACAACUAUCCAUCCAUUUUCAACACAGUGUUGAAGUGCUGGCAUUGACUGACUACAUAGUGAAAUGCAAUACCAAUGUAACUAUUAAUAUUACACUAAAUUUUGCUGGAAGUGUUUAAUAUGCAUAUUAAUUUAUCCAGCAUUUGUAAUUUCCACAAGUAUAUAGACUAAUUAUUUUAUUCCAUUUUAAAGCUUAUUAAAUUAGUACCUCAAUGUAAGAUUCA